AUGGUGGUCAAGACAAAACCUGUUGCGUUUGCAGUUCGGACCAACGUCAGGUACAGUGCAGCCCAGGAGGAUGAUAUUCCGGUGCCAGGCAUGGCCAUCUCAUUCGAGGCAAAAGAUUUUCUGCAUGUUAAGGAAAAAUUUAAUAAUGACUGGUGGAUAGGACGAUUGGUUAAAGAAGGCUGUGAAAUCGGAUUUAUUCCAAGCCCGGUCAAACUAGAAAACAUGAGGCUACAGCAUGAACAGAGAGCCAAGCAAGGGAAAUUCUACUCCAGUAAAUCAGGAGGAAAUUCAUCAUCCAGUUUGGGUGACAUAGUACCUAGUUCCAGAAAAUCAACACCUCCAUCAUCUGCUAUAGACAUAGAUGCUACUGGCUUAGAUGCAGAAGAGAGUGAUAUUCCAGCAAACCACCGCUCCCCUAAGCCCAGUGCAAACAGUGUAACGUCACCCCACUCCAAAGAGAAAAGAAUGCCCUUCUUUAAGAAGACAGAGCACACUCCCCCUUAUGAUGUGGUACCAUCCAUGCGACCAGUGGUCCUAGUGGGCCCUUCUCUGAAGGGGUAUGAGGUUACAGAUAUGAUGCAGAAGGCACUGUUCGAUUUUUUAAAACACAGAUUUGAAGGGCGGAUAUCCAUUACAAGAGUCACUGCUGACAUCUCCCUCGCCAAACGCUCAGUAUUAAACAACCCCAGUAAGCAUGCAAUAAUAGAAAGAUCCAACACAAGGUCAAGCUUAGCGGAAGUUCAGAGUGAAAUUGAAAGGAUUUUUGAACUUGCAAGAACACUGCAAUUGGUAGUCCUUGAUGCGGAUACAAUUAAUCACCCAGCUCAACUCAGUAAGACCUCUCUGGCCCCUAUUAUAGUGUAUGUAAAGAUUUCUUCACCUAAGGUUUUACAAAGGUUAAUAAAAUCUCGAGGGAAAUCUCAAGCAAAACACCUCAAUGUCCAGAUGGUAGCAGCUGAUAAACUGGCCCAGUGUCCUCCGCAGGAGUCAUUUGAUGUGAUCUUGGAUGAGAACCAGCUUGAGGAUGCUUGUGAGCAUCUUGCUGACUAUCUGGAGGCCUACUGGAAGGCCACCCACCCACCCAGCAGUAACCUCCCUAACCCUCUCCUUAGCCGAACUUUAGCCACUUCAAGUUUGCCUAUGAGCCCCACCCUAGCCUCUAAUUCACAGGGUUCUCAAGGUGAUCAGAGGACUGAUCGCUCUGCUCCCAGGUCUGCUUCCCAAGCUGAAGAAGAACCUUGUCUGGAACCAGUCAAGAAAUCCCAACAUCGUUCUUCCUCCUCAGCCACACACCAAAACCACCGAAGUGGGGCAGGUCGAGGCCUCUCUAGGCAAGAGACGUUUGACUCUGAAACCCAGGAGAGCCGAGACUCUGCCUAUGUGGAGUCAAAGGAAGACUAUUCACAUGAACAUGUAGACCACUAUGCCCCACACCGUGAACAUAACCACAGAGAUGAGACCCAUAGCAGCAAUGGCCACAGACACAGGGAGUCUCGCCACCGCUCUAGGGACAUGGGGCGAGAGCAGGACCACGAGUGCAACAAACAACGAAGCCGGCAUAAAUCUAAGGAUCGCUACUGUGACAAGGAAGGGGAAGUAAUGUCCAAGAGAAGGAAUGAGGCUGGCGAGUGGAAUAGGGAUGUCUAUAUCCGCCAAUGA